AUGGGGAUAUGUUUCUACGACUACUUUAGCUUCAUCGUCGUAUCUCUGCUUUUAUCCACUGUAACUUCACAGACUCCAUGUGCUGAUCAACAUGUUCAUUGUCGCUUCUGGUCGUCGCAAGGUGAAUGUGCCAAAAAUGCUGUUUGGAUGGUACCGAAUUGUCCGAAGUCGUGUAACAGCUGUAAUCAAGUCACGACAACGACACAAAAGCCAGUGGUCUCUGUGGUUACACCGAGUGGUAGGUUUAUAUUGUAAAACAAGGAUAAUAAUAUAUGUUGUCUUAAAUUGUAAAAAAGUGUAUAAGGUGUGUAGGCUUUAAUAUAACUAGGCUGCAUCGGAAAUAGUGUUUUAGUUUUGUAGAAAAGGCUGAAGUUUUUAAAAAAAGGCUACGUAGAAAGUGAAAGGCGCAGUAGUAGUUUGUUCAAAUAAUCCUGUGCUCCCACUCAAAUUUGAGAUUUGGUUUUUAUUAUGAAAACGUUGUAUUUUAGCGACUUCAACAGUGAAAACAACAUCACAACCCGCGACGAAUAAUCAGAAGCCAGCUGAUAAACAAUGUCCAGUUGUGCAGGUUAAAGAAGGUAAUAUAUUUGGUUUUGUUUCUAUUAUCAUCCAUAUUUUAACUUAUUUUACUGUCAUUCUAUUUAACAUUUAAAGUUUCAGCCUUUUCUCUAUUUUACAAUAUUGUACUUUACAUUAAAACCUUUAAAAACCGCAGUAAAACUGUCUUUAUAUCACUGAUAUUUUAGUCCAAACCCGUUUCGUCCCCAGCGAUUCCCAAUUCCGUAGCCAAUCUCAACGUUCUGGCUGUGCCAUUCCUAAUCAACUAAACAUCUGCUCACGGAACGUUUGCUACAAUAAGGUGUUCAGAACAUUUGAUGGGUCGUGCAAUCAUGAGAAGGAUGUUAUGAAGGUAUGUUGUCGAAGCUUGACUUUAAUUAUAGCUAUAAAGAAGCCGGGCAGUUUUUCGAUUUGGCUCACGGGCACACAUGGGUAAGCCCUGUCCGGUUCUUUCCAAGGUUGCCUCGGCCGGGCCUUUUACGUUGCGAGAUCUUUGAUGGGCCUCCGGGACCUUGAUUUGGGCCUAGUCUUUAGGCCUACAUGCGAAUGGCCUAAGCUUUUCUUCAUUUUUUUGGUCCGGCUUAAUCCAUUCGGCUUGGUCUAGUCCGGCUUUUAUUUUUUUUGAAUGCUACCUUUGGACAAACUUAAAAUAAAAAAUAUUAUUUUAGGGAGCCGCUUUCACACCGUUCUUACGACUUCUGAACCCAGAUUUCGCUGAUGGAGCGUCACAAAUGCUAUGUAAGGUUAAAGGGCGAAAGAAUUAAUGGAUUUAUGUCUUCUAAAACACAAACAAUUUAGCGGGGGUUGUUCAAAUACUUCUGUGUCUCCUAACGCCGAAAAUUUGUUUUGAGAAGAAGCACAGAAUUAUUUAAACAACUUAGAAUAAGUCCUUAUCUUAUUUUGGCUAUGUUAAACAUUGCUUAUAUUACACUCCAUUUUCAGCCGCCGGCCUACCCAACCCUCGAGCAGUAACUCAUCGUCUUCUCACAUCUACAGUAUCUCUUCAAAGCACGAAAAGCGCGUUUGUUACCGUAUUCGCUCAGUUUGUGAUGCACGACAUCACCAAGAACACCUUGAUCAACGUCUGUAAUUGUGGCGUUCGGAAUGCGGAAUGUGCUAAUAUUCAGCCUGAUAAUGGAGAUAGACGGUUCGUUUUUUGUCCAGUAACUUCAGUUGUAAAGUAACAUCAUAACAACCUCUUUUUAGACGCCAAUGUAUCCCUUUCACCCGCUCAUCUCCAAUGUGUAAUACUGGAGUGCAAGGUCGACCACGUGUACCAGUCAACUCAAACACGGCCUACGUGGAUGGAUCGGCUGUCUAUGGCUCAGACCCAACUACAGCUGAUUCCAUUCGAGUUGGAGCCUUUCUGAAGUCACAAGUAGCCAACAGAGACAUUGUACCACCACAAUCUGGAGCCAACUUUGACACUGGAGACGAUCGUGCUAGUCUGUUCGUUGGACUGGUUUCUAUUCAUUCUAUUUUCUUGAGAAUGCACAAUCGGUAAGGCGGUUUUGGCUAUGUUAGAGUAGGUUACGGGUAGUUACGGUAUGUUCCGAGAGUAAAAGAGCUUUUAUAUUAUGUUAUACUGCUAUCAUAAGCAUUAUUAAGGUAUUAAACUUCAUUUUGUCGCAGAAAGAGAAAAAUUUAAAAAAAAAUAAAAGUAUUUUAAAAUUUUAGUCUAGCCCAGCAGUUGUCUCAGCUCAACCCAAGAUGGAACAGCGAUCGUAUCUACCAAGAAGUGCGUAAGAUCCAAGGAGGUAUAGUUCAAGCCAUUACCUACAACGAGCUCUUGCCUGCCUUGUUGGGCGGUAAAGUCAGUUUACUCGGUAACUACAACGGAUUCAACGACUCUUCUGACCCUGGGAUCGCUGCCGAAUUCGCUGGAGGUGCUGGAAGACUUCAUGGGCUUGUUCAGGUGAGUGUAAUGUAGGUAGUCAGUGUAACUCAUUAGGUUUUUCAAAUAAUUUUGUGCUCUCUCUCAAAACAAGUUUAUGGGUUGGGGGCACAUAAGUAUUUGAACAAUUUAAUAAUUACAGGUUAUGGGUGUUCAUGGACAAUAUUUUUAGUUAUUCAGACAUUUUUGAGGUUUUUUAAAGAUUUUUAACUUACCAGGAAAGUGCCCGACUUGCUCCGCUCUGCUUGACCUUAAACUCUUUUUUAUAGGGAGAUCAUGUAAAUAUAUACUAAAUUGCGUUUUCCAGGAAAUCUUGAGAAAAUUGAGAUAAAAAAUUACGUUUUGAAUGUCUCGCCAAAUUGGCAUUGUUCUUUGUUAGUAAAACGAAAUUAUAUUGUUAUAUAUUAUAUUAUACUUUUAAAUUUAAUUUUUUAGCUUGUUCAAAUAAUUCUGCGCCUCUUCUCACGAUAAAAUUUUAUGGUUACGGGGCAGAGAAUUAUUAGAACAACAUAAUGAAUUGACAUUUUUACGUUAAAGCAUGUUUGAAAGUAUAAACUGCCACUUUCGUAAAUUUAUCUGGCUCCCAUGAGGUACCCGUAUUUUACAUUAAAAAUAGCAUUUUUUCAUGUUUUGCUUUAUUUUACCUAAACAUGGCAUUUUAAAUUUAAAAAUUUUCAACACGUUUUUUGAUUUUGCAAAUCUUUAAUUAAUAACACUUUCAGGAAACCUACCCACUAGUAAACAGUAACUUCCAACAAGUAGGUACCUACACCACGGUAUCCCAGACCGGCAACUUUCAAGCUCUAAUUUCGAAUGGCAUUGGAAUGUUGCUGCGUGGCUAUGUCACAUCACCAACUCGAAAACCUGGACGUGUCUCUACCACGAUGACAGAGUUUCUGUUCUCUUCUCAAGCUGACAUGGCUUCUAUUAACAUCAUGAGGGGGAGGGAUUACGGUCUCCGGCCGUACAACGACUACAGAGUAAUGUGUGGACUGCCAAAACUGACUAGCUAUGAUCAGUGGACUGGUAAGUGGUUUAGUGUUGUGAAGCUUCUUUUAAUUUUUCUGCUUGUGAUCAGAGCAUUUGUCUCUCUCACAAUUAAAUGGCACAAAUUUAAUAAGAUACGAGUACUAGAUUGUACGAAAAGGAUAUUAAAUGGUUAUAAAAGAGUGCUGGAUGAUACUAAAAGGAGUUAAGAAGGUAAUGCAAAAUUGUGGUUGUCUUUGAGAUGCAUUUAGGUAUUGGCAUAGUCAUGCAAUACAUUUUGUAUAAAAAUACUUCAAUCGUACUAUAUUGUACACAGGGCCGGGCGGGGACUUUUGGUCUGGGGGCAGGGGUCCAAAAAAAUCGGCACUACCUGUGCCGAUUUUUUUUGCGAAAAUUUUUUUUCCAAAAAUCCACAGGGGGGACCACGUUCAAAUUUUUUCGAAAAUUUUUUUUUGUACCCCCCCCGUCCCCCCUCGCGCCCGGCCCUGAUUGUACAUUAUACUUUUAUGUACAAUACUAAAAUAAUACUAUACAGCAUAGAAACACUAAUCAAACAUGUUCUAUCAUAUAAUUGGAGUGUAGAAGCCAUCAGUGCAGUCCCUACAAUAUUUUUUAAAUUGCACUACACUACUAUGUUAUUAUGGAUCGUAACUAAUAUGUUAUCAUUGAUAGUAAUACAUAUGCAAUAUUUUUGCAAAAAGACUUUUAUUUUUCUUGAAUGAGCUACAUUUCAAUGUCAAGCUGAUGAUAAUGUAAUCAAAACAAAGACUUCAUCAGCCAUUAUUCACUCGAUCGAGAAUAAAAUGAAAUUGAGAUUCUGAACUCCAAAGUAUUACGAUGAAUAAGCUGAGUUCUUAUAUAAGCCUACCAUCAACCCUGACACUCAUCAUUCAAUCAAGGUAUUCAUGUUCAGAAGAUGAAGUCCUUUGUCAUCUUCUUCUGGAUAAAAUCUUUUGUCUUCUUAUUCACCGUCGCCAUCUACUGUAUUCACGGAACUGAUGUAGUUUUUUUUAACAAAUGCCCCAAACCGGUUACUGUGGUGAAGAAACUGGCAUUCAAGCUGCUGAAUGUCAUCUGGCAGUACGAGGCUCAUGUAUGCGUACCUACACAUCUGGUCUCAAUGACUUUCGGAACGGGUUUGGAAUUGGUAAUGACGUUAUUUAGUACUAUUAGGUUGAACGAGAAGUAGCGGGACACUUUUUAUUUAUUUUUUAAUUAUAGGUGUCCCACUACUUUUGGUUCAACCAAUAUUGCAUCAAUUGAUAUUAUGAAGCUCAGUAUUAUUCGAACAUCACUUUAUAUAUUGAAUAGUAGUAGGAUUAGUAAUAGGAGGUCAUUCUUUACGAAUAUUGUUGUAAAUCAUACUAUCGCUGAGUUUUCCUUCGGCAAGCAACACGAAUUUGACUAUUAUUCUAUAGUUUUGAUCGAGGGGUUUGACGUUGGAAUGGAGAUCAUCCCACAAAGGAACGGCAGUCAUAGAGUCAAGUGUGAUUCUGCAUAAGUGGUGGUAGACAUACUUACUUAACUAUCAUGGUCACUAUCUCAUUAGGUUUUUUAAACUUUGUAUGACAGUACAGUGGUCGCGGCUGUGAAUACUCAAGUAUCUGUACCUUUUUAUCGUAGUACUGGUACUUGAUAGUACGAUCGUAUUAUAAUGUCACGCUUUAUAAUAUGGUGCUAGUACUGUACCUACUUAAUAGUAUUACUGUAUCUACUUAAUGGUAGUACUGUAUAUAGUUAAGGGUAGUACUGUACCUACUUAAAGAUAGCACUGUACCUACUUAAUGCUAGUACUGUACCUACGAAUACUUAUAGUAACAUUGCUGAUAUGAUCGUGGUGACUGUACUUUAAAGUAUGACUUUAGUAUUGAACUUGAGCGUAAGGUUGUAUUGACUAUGCUCUUAUAGUAGUACUGUAAUGUAAAAAAGAUUGUAGUGACUGUGAUGAUGCUACCCACUCUCCUGCUAACAAUCACACUUAUCGUGUCCUUGCCGGUGAUGAGUUUCACGUGUACUUUUGCUAUCCAUGUCAAGCCAAAAAAUAAUAUAUUUUUUCGUCGAAUUGCGACCCGUUCGGUUGCAAAACGUAAAAAUUGAUUCGAAAAUAAAAUAAUUAAUAAAAAGGUUGAAGAAAAUGUUGUUUAUCUAGUUAACUUUUGUUAACAAACGCAUCCGGUUAUCGUGGUAAAGACGGUCACUGGAGGUAGUGGCCAACAGGCUCGACUUCGACUGGCAGUAGGGGCGUCUUGUGUUCAAACCUACACAUAAGGGGCUAUGAACUUCCGCCAUGACGGUUGACUAUAACAAAUGAACUGACAUAUUAUGAAAAUUUUAUAAGUUUUGACAUCAUGUGACGCUUUAUGCUUUGUACAGGGCAGUGCAUGAUUCAAAUGCCGCAACUGAAUAUAACAGAUCUAAAAAUGUAACCUGCGUUUUUGAGCUUUAAACUCUAAAUAUUUGAAAUUCUAGACAAGCUACGCUAUUGUAAGGUCUACAAUAAAACAUGUGACACUUUGCCUCGACUUUUUGACAUUUUGUUACCGUGCCAAAGUAUAAAAUGAAAAAAAAUGAAAAAAAAUUUUUAUGAAAUUUUAUACCCUUAUGACAAUAUUUUUUUCGAUUUUGAAAAAAUGCUUAAACUUUUUCGAAAACCAAGUCUAAAGUAACAUACUAUAGUACAAUAUACUCUCUAAUUAGUGCCCAUCUAAACUCAAAACAAAUACCUGUGGUCAAAAGUCUUUUUUAUACUACGAUAAUGCGCUUAGCAACAAAAAAACUGUUUAAAUUAAAAAAUGAACUUUCCAGAAAUCACAGACCCAAAAGUUCGCGACCGUGUGAAACAACUCUACCCUGACAUUAACAAACUCGAACUCUAUGUUGGUGGUACCUUAGAAGAACCAGUAGAAGGCUCUCUGAUCGGCCCCACCUUCUCCUGCAUCUGGGCGGAUCAAUUCAGACGGAUCCGUGACGGUGAUCGCUUCUUCUACAAGAAUCCUGGCGUCUUUACAGAAGCCCAACAGCAAAGCAUUGACAAGGUGUUGUUGGCCAGAAUCAUCUGCGAGACUACAGAUAUCACCAGCAUACCACGAAACGUGUUCAAGGUGGACAGAAACGGCCAGACGGCUGUUUCUUGUAGCCAGAUACCGUCGCUGGACUUGAAAUUGUGGAAGGAGUAA